UCAAUUUUUGUAGAACCUCUUGUAUGUAUGUACUUUACCUGAAUAAACAUUUAUUAUUUAUUAGAUGGUAGCGGGGGGGUCUCCGGGCCUCACCCACCAUAACAAUCAAUGAGCCUCGCCCUCCGCGGCCCCUCACACACCUCUACUUCAAGACUUGCUCUUCUAUUGGUGACCAUGACAACAUUAGAUGACAGACUAUUAGGCGAGAAGCUGCAUUACUAUUGCAGUAGCUCUGAGGAUGAAGAUGGUGACGAUGAUGAUGAUGAUAAGGAUAAAGACUCAAGCCCUGGGAAGGAAGCUGAUUUGCCUUCCCCUCAGUCUGAGAUUAGAGGUUGGGAAGGAGCAUCUACGAAUACUGGACCAAAGGGUGUACUGAAGGACUGGCAACGGUUCAAGCAACUGGAGUCGGAAAAAAGAAUGGAGCAGGAGCGAGAGCGUGUUCUCUUGGCGAAGAAGCUUUCUCUUACCUGCAGAUCACAUCUUGAUGAUGAAAAAGAGAAAGAGAAGCAGAGGAAAGAGGAGGAGGAGGAGAAUGAUGUCGAUGGACUAAUAAGUGAAGAGUUUCUUCGGCAAUACAUCUCUAAGAGGAUGGAGGAAAUGAUGAUUACCACAUCAAAUAAAGCACAGUUUGGUCAUUUGAUUACACUGGAGAAUGGAGAAACAUUUUUGGAUGCCAUUGACAAAGAAGAUGUGGGAGUCACUGUCAUUGUGCAUAUUUAUGACCAGGAUGCUAUGGGAUGUGAAGCAAUGAAUGGCUGCUUGACGUGUUUGGCGCAAGAGUAUCUUCAUGUAAAGUUCUGCAAAUUGCCAGCAUCUGCCGCUGGUGUCAGUAGUCACUUUAAAGUGACAGGCUUGCCAGCUCUUCUCAUUUACAAAGGAGGCCAGAUGAUGGGCAACUUUGUGCGACUGACUGAUGAGUUUGGAGAUGAUUUCUAUGCCACUGAUGUUGAAUCUUUCCUGAUUGAACAUGGCAUGCUGAUGGACAAGUCACUUGUCCCUCCUGGCAUCAAAGAUUCUUCAAUCAAAUAUGAUGAUGACGACAGUGAUUUCAGUCUUGAUGAUUAGUUUUAUCUAGUGUGGUUCAUAGCCCACUUAAUCCCACUCUCCUGUCUUCCUGUACACAACAGACAGCUCGAACAGCUUAUCCAACGAUGGCCUUGGUCAUUUCAUUAUAACAACAUGAGAACUGGCAUGUUUUGAGCCAGUUUCCAUCAUUAUUCCACUAGUGUCUUGGAUGCCAAUGACCACAUCAUUACAGUACCAGAUAUGUAAUUUCUCAUUUGAUUGAUCAUGUGGUUAGGUAAGCUGUGUCUGUUAUGGACACAAUAUUUAUAUUUUCAUGCUUCUUAAUGAUGAGACAAAUGAACACCUUCAAUGUGGAUUGUAUUCUUAGAGCAUUGUUUAUUUCAUGGCAUGAUAAUGUGUAAGAUGCAAAACAAAUGUGCAAAUUUCAAAGAUGUAUAUCUGUAAAUUAAAAUUGUAAUUAAAUAAAUUUUGAUCUAAUGUUUCAGUAAAUCAAA